GUGAUAUUGCCGAAUGAUAUCGUUUUCCAUGAAUAUGAUACAGCCCAGAAUCAGAACCUGUAUUAUCCUCGUUCUAUUGAUUCUGUGUUCUUUAAAUAUCGGUGAUGCCAGAAAGAGAAAAUCGAGGGGUAAAAACGUCACUGAAAAGGCACUUGCCAGACAUAACAGGAACAAGGUAGCGGAACUUCUUCAACCUGUAGAAUUAGCCGAGCUGUCGAUUCGUGUCGUAAUAAGUGGAAUCAAUGACUUAAAGUUCGAUGUAAGUUUCAGAAGUUGUGCCGAUGUUGAAAUAGUUCUCGACCUAUCAUGUUCACUUUCGAAAAGAAUGAAACAAAGGAGCCGGGAUAUUGCCAUAGUUUUGGCCGGUGCCUUGACAACAAGCUUUGACCCUACU